AUGGCGGAAAUUUGCUUUGGAUACGCCGUGAUCGGAUUGGCGUACCUCUGCGCGGCAUCCAGAAUUCUCAGCUACACAACAGUUAUUUACGGCUCAAGAGCUUAUUCCGCAACGUCGAUGGCGAGCUCAAUGGAUACCACCAAAUCUCCCAAAUUCGGUAAAGAGUUUGGAGAGAAAUACUUUAUGUUUAAACCAGACUUCAUCCAUUUGAAUCAAGGAUCUUAUGGUGGAUAUCCUCGUCCAGUGCGAGAUGCUUUGCGCUCUGUCCAAGACGCUGUACAAGCCGAGCCUGAUAAUUUUGUCCGAUACAUAUAUCCGGCAAAGCUAGAUGAAGCCCGUGAGCUCAUUGCUAGUCAUCUACAUGCUGCCGAUAGAGAUGAAAUUGUUCUAGUACCAAACGCAACAACGGCACUGAACACUGUACUUCGCAAUUUAACCUACCAGCCAGGAGACAUGAUUGCUUACAUACAAAGAACUUACGGAGCAAUUGAGAAGACAAUUGAUUAUCUUGUGGAGACUACAACUGUGGACAGCAUUCGUGUUCCAUUCGAUCCAAUUGUGGACGAUGAUGAUACGCUUGUCGAGGCAUUUCAAUCGGUCCUACAAGAGAACCACGGUCGCAUUCGCGUAGCCAUUUUCGAUACAGUUAUGAGCAUGCCAGGACUUAGAAUACCGUUUGAACGCCUAACAAAGAUCUGUAGAGACUUUGGAGUUCUAAGCGCUAUCGAUGGAGCUCAUGGAAUUGGCUUAAUCGAUCUGAACAUGGAGAGGCUUGGAGCCGAUUUCUUCACUACGAACUGUCACAAAUGGUUAUUUGUGCCACAUACUUGCGCCGUUUUCUAUGUCGCCUUGAAGAACCAACAUCUCAUGCGAUCUUCUAUUCCAACGUCGCAUGGCUUCCAGCCUCUUCCCGAAAUUUUAGAGAAGAAACAGUAUAUAAGCCCAUACGAGCUUCCAGCAUCCAAGAACCCAUUCGUAUUCCAGUUUAGUUAUACGGGAACAAUUGACAAUGGGCCGCCGUUGUGCAUCCCUGCUGCGCUUCGCUUUAGGCAAGAAAUUUGCGGCGGGGAAGAAGCUAUACGGGUUUAUUGCCAGAUGUUGGCUCGAGAGGGCGAAAAGCUCGCCGUCGACAUAUUGCAGAGUCGCCCGCUAUCCAUACCGGAGACAAAACGAACUGCUUUUGCCAACGUUCGUCUUCCCCUGGAAAUUGCAUCAUCUGUCGUCAAAGAGAAUGGGCAUUCAGUUCCCUUGUCAGACGAUUAUAGCACGUUUGUGAAUAUCGCCUUCAUCUCGGGAUCCUUGUGGGCAAGGUUCUCGGCUCAAGUGUAUCUCGAAAUAAAGGAUUUUGAGUAUGGUGCAAAAGCUUUGAAAGAGCUUUGCGAUAAGGUCGUCAAGAAGGAGUACAUAGAAUUGUAG